AUGAUAUGGCUGGCACCCAAUUGGGGAGCGAACCUUCCCACACCACAACCUUCAUUCUUAAAAUCCUUUGCUCUGAAGUGUGUACCCACCUUUGUGCUGGGCACCACCAACCAACGAAAUCUUGUCUUCCCGAUGGCCCUGCGGUCUACCGCAAAAAUGAAGAACUCCACCCGGUAUCAUUUCCCAUACGAUGUGCUACAAUAUUCACAAGGACCAUAA